AUGUCUGCUGACUGGGGGUCUUUCUUCCACUCAGGCAGCAGGUCAUCCCAUGAGGAGCCUAAGCCUGAAAAUGUGAGCGGGGAUGAUGAGAUUGUCGAGCCUGAGCAGGGCAACGUCCUCUCCCACAUCAUCUCGCAGCUCCGACCGGGUGCUGAUCUCAGCCGGGUUGUCCUGCCUACCUUCAUCCUCGAGCCACGAUCUAUGUUGGAGCGCAUCACAAAUUUCAUGGCACAUCCCGAGACCCUGCUACCUAUGCCCGAUAUCGAUGACCCCCUCGAGCGUUUCGUCUCCGUGGUCAAGUUCUACCUGAGCGGAUGGCACAUCAAACCACCCGGUGUGAAGAAGCCGCUGAACCCGAUCCUGGGCGAGACCUACACCUGCUACUGGGACUAUCCCGAUGGAACCCGCGGAUACUAUAUUUCAGAACAGACUUCACACCACCCUCCCAAGUCGAGCUACUUCUUCAUGGCACCUGAACACCACAUCCGCAUUGACGGUACCCUCAAGCCCCGCAGCAAGUUCCUCGGUAACUCGGCCGCCAGUCUGAUGGAAGGAAUCGCAAUCCUGCGCUUUAUGAACCGUGGUCAAAAUAAGGAGAAGGGCGAACGAUACAUCUUGACGCAACCCAACAUGUACGCUCGCGGCAUUUUGUUUGGAAAGAUGAAGUACGAGCUUGGCGACCACAGCUAUGUGCGAUGCCCAGAGAACAACUUUGUUGCCGAUAUCGAGUUCAAGACCAAGGGUUACUUCUCUGGUACCUACAACGCCAUUGGUGGAACUAUCAAGAACGAGAAGACGGGUGAGGUCUACUAUGAGCUGUCCGGACUCUGGAACGGUGAGAUGCACAUUAAGGAUGUGCAUACUCAUAAGAAGGAGCUUCUCUUCGACGCGACCCACGCCAAGCACACUCCCCCCUUGACUCGCCCUCUUGAGCAACAAGGCGAGCGCGAGUCCCAACGGUUAUGGCACAGCACCGUCAAGGCCAUCAUCGCCCGCAACCACGAGGCGGCCACGGAGGAGAAGACCAAGAUCGAGGAUCGUCAACGCGAGGAGGCAGCCAGGCGGGUGGACGAAAAUGUCGAGUGGCACCCCCGACUCUUCCGCCGGGUGCAAGGCGGGCCCAACGGCCCCGACGAGGGCGAAGAAGACUUAGAUUGGAUCAUCAACGCAUAUGUUGACGCGCAUGACCCUGAACUUGCGGCCAAGCAGAUUCUCGCUAUCGCGCCCAUUCUCGACGGUCAACCCGAAUCUUCCGAAUACCAGAUUCCCCCGCACAAGUCGCAAGAGCCGGAGCCGGAGCUUGUGUCCACUGAUGAGGCGAACGGCGAGGCGCUUGUUCCGGAACAGCCAAAGCCCCAGAUUGUGGAAGCCGUCGAGCGCAAAGAUUCGCGCACAAACGACAUCGACUCCUACGUGGAUGCAAAGGAGAACUGA